GAAGAAGAAAAAAGUAAAGAAAAAAAACGACCGGCUCCUCUUUUCUCCUGCCAGUUAGAUUGUCUCCUUCCAUGGCCUCACUUCACCGCCCAGCUUCUCUCAUCCCUCCAGCCCGUUGUCUUUCUUCAACCAGCAGCAGCCGCCGGUCAUGUCGUCGUCGCAGACCAUGACAGCGCCAGCGGUGGGCCAUCGACCGCCUGAUGCUGGUCCCAAUAUGUCGUCAAUCUAUGACUAUGGUCGUUCUCAACAGCCUGACGACCAUCGGUCUCCCUCCCCGCCCAGCGACUCCGCAAUCCGCGCUUUGAACGAUUCUGCCCCCGACCCCCCCGAUGCUCCUUCCAAUGGCCUGGCUUCUCCCUCCGGCAUGAUGCCUGUCAAGUCCGAGCCCAAUGAGAAUGCUUUUCCUCCUUCCGCUGUCGAACAAAGCUCGCAAACCGAUACCAGGCGUCAGUCCGCGGCCAGUGCGCUCUUGGCUCAACUGCUCGGCAACCAGUCGUCAAUGCCUUCCGACGGACCAGGGCCCUCUGCGGAACGCUCUGUACCUGCAGCGCAAGACACGAGCCAACACCAGGAUAUUGAUGAUGCGAUGAAUGGGCAGUGGUCGACCGACGUGCCUGCGGGAACCACGGCGAUGUCUUCAGACCCGACCGGGGGCCAAGACCAGAUCCCGGCCAACUCGAAUGAGUUGCCGGAGUCUCAGCAAGAACAGAAAAACUCCGACCAACCGCCGGAGGUACCAUUUUCGAACCCAGAGGAGGAUCUGAGCAUAUCAUUGAAACAUGCCGACCCCUCGGAAGGCCUCACGGACCCUCUACUCUUUUCGAAGUCGGGCCUAGACCAUUCCGACCUAUUUACGCCGUUUGAUAUCACUGGCGCUGCUAAGGACCCGUUUGAGGCAUUACAACAAAAUGAAAUGCUUACAGCUGCGUAUCUUUCCCAGAGCGCUGACCUGUCAGCUCUUGGAUACUCCGGAGGACAUCUACAGGACACCGGUUCGAUCGCGGGAUCAGAGCCUCGCAUCCAGGCUUUUGCAAAACUGGAAUUCGAUGAUGGCCAUUUCUACUGCAACACAUAUUCCUUUAUUCUCGGACGAGACGUACGGGCUGCCCGGGCCGCCCAUCAGCGCGAAUUGCAGGUCCGACAAGCCAUGAGACACUCCCGCGCGAAAAGUUCGAGUGGUGGGAAUACGUCGCAUACUCCCAUCCGAAUGAAACCUGAAGGCAGUGGCAUGAUAGGCAGCGUUGUCAGUGACCGCGGUGGAAUUAUGGGCUUUGAUCCCGAUGUUCCCCCCCAUCUUCCUUCCCGUAUAAGUCGACGAUCGUCCAAUUCUUCCCACGCCGAGUCGGGGGCUCCGAUGCAUGCGACACCGGCCCAGCUACAGUCGAAUACCACUGAUUACAAUGCUCUUGCUAUGGAAUCUUUGAAUGAUGAGGGUGGAGAUGCAAAACCGGUUGAUGCUUUGGCUUUACUUCCGUCCCCGGAUUCUUGUCCAACGAUCCCUAUUCACCCUCCUGCCACAACAGAUGGUAGUGCCGCCGGACACCGAGGUAUCUCACGGAAACAUGUAAAGAUCGCAUAUAAUUUUGAUAAGAAUCUCUUUGAGAUGGAAGUUAUGGGAAGAAAUGGUGCGUUCAUUGGUGCGGAUUGGUUAUCGCCGGGUCAGAUCAGGCCUCUACACAGCGGCGAUUAUAUCCAAAUUGGAGGUGUCCGAAUACGAUUUCUACUUCCAGAUGUACCAAUUGGUGAGACCGGUGCCGAUAGGGUCGAGGAACCCCACGUGGCAGAAGAAGAGAAUGCGCAAACUUCAGUCCCUGCAACGGAGAACGAUGAAGAUGAGAAACGCCGCAAAUCUGAAAGUACAGAGAACAAGGAUGCCCCGAAGACCACCAAGAUCGUUCUUAAGACUAGAGAACCUGAUUCGACUCGCCCGGUACCGUCCAUUGAAAGUUCUGCUGAUGGCCAACAACCUAUGCGUCGUAGAGGCCCGGGACGGCCACCAAAGGAUGGCAUUAUGUCGAAGCGUGAGCGGGCCGAGUUGGCCAGGGAACAAAAGUUAGCUGCAAAACGUGAGGCAAAUGGAGGUGUCACUCCUCCCCCUGCCAACCGGCCGAAGGCCGGAAAGACCACGACUACGGGUACUGUUCCCACUACACCCAAGGAGUCUAUGGGCGGAGAGUCCCCUGGAUCCAAACCUGAAAAGCGGAAGUACACCAAGAGGAAGAAGCCCGAUGGCACCCUUAUGGACUUCCCUCUCCCUUCUACAGAAGGUGGCCAGUUCCCUAUGGAUCAGCGCCCAGAGGACUUCAUCAAAGCCCCUCCGGUCAAGAAGCGCAAGCCCUCGCGUUCACCCUCGCCCAAUUACCCACCAGAAUCUGCGUAUACUCCGGAAGAUCUGGCCAAACCGCCCUACAAUUAUGCGGUUCUUAUCUUCGAUGCGCUGACCGAGGCUGGCACACCGAUGACGUUGAAGCAGAUCUACCGUGCGCUCAAGUUAAAGUAUCCUUAUUUCCGUUUCAAGUGUGAAACUGAAGGCUGGACGUCCAGUGUGCGACACAACCUCAACGGCAACAGCCAUCUCUUUAUGCAUGCUGAGAGAGAUGGCAAGGGAUGGUCAUGGCAACUACGUCCGGGAGCAUCAGUCGAAAAGGAGAAGAAGAGGCGUCCAUCGCCGCCGCCGCCAUCACAGCCGCCGCCGAUGCCUGCAGCUCCGCAGUACAUGCCUCCUAUGAACCCAGCGUACUCCAACCCGACGAAUGGGCAGCCAAACAUGGCGAACCCUCAUUUCCAGUUUCCAUCAAUACCAUCAAAUCCAUACCCUGCGCCUUCGCCUGCACCUGCUCCUACACCUGCACCUCAGCAAUCAAAUCCUUAUCCGCCACCAUCUCAACCCGCCGCCUCUACCCCUUUCCCCAUACCAAGUCCACUAAGGAACAACCUCCCCCCUGCUUUUGCUCAGACAGUGCCGUCCACAUACACUUCCCCAUAUGCCUCCGAUCCCCCUCCACAGCUGAUUCAAUAUCAGCAAUCGCAGCAACAACAGACCAUGCCGACACAGCCCCAGCAUCAUUCACCUUAUCCGCCAGCCAACCCUGCUCCGCCGCCACCUCCUCCCAUGCCAAUGAACCCGCCAUCUCAAAACCUUCCACCCAACCCAGGCCCACCCAUGCAACACCAGCCCAAUCUUGGUAUUGCCUCAGGCGAUCCCAGUUCCGGUCCUGUGGACACUUCCGAAACGUCUUCGUUCAAUGACCGGGCAAACAAGGCGAUUGAUGACUUCGAAGCGGUCCUCAUGGAGGAUUAUGAAGACAAGAACUAUAUUCGAGAGGUACUCAAGAGCGCCCGCGCCCGCGUCCUAGGAGAGGCCACGGAAAGCUCGUUUCCUGGUGGCGAGCCGAAGGACGAGGCAGUCAUUCUCGAUGCGCUUCGCGGCCUAGUCGGAGACUUGAAGGGUGAGUAGACCAGGAAAACGGCUCCAGAAAUCCUGCAUGGUUGCGCUUGAGACAUCAGGUUGCUCCACAGGAUUGCUUGGAUUGAAUGAGUUACGAUUUGGAAUUUCUUUCUUCUUAUGUUUACGAAGGUCUACAUUUGGCGAUUGGUCUGGUGUUGCAGGAGGUAUAAAAUUAUGGGACCCCAUGAUCGGUGACACAGCUGUCACCGAUCUCACGAGUAUGACAUUGUGUUUUCCUCCUUAGUGGUGUUUCCCUUUCUGUUAUUCUUUAUUUUUUUUUUUUUCGCUAUCUCGAUUUCUUUGUUCGAUGAUAUCCACUACGUUCUGGGCUUCUUUUGAUUCAUGUCGUGGCCCCGGAACCAUGAGAUUUACCGGGUAAAUUCUUUCCAUUGUCGUGGCAGGUGCAGGAGGCAAAACUAGGAGUUAGUUGCAUAGACAAAAGAUGAAUCUGGGCAUUACUGUCAGUCAAUGACAUUUUUUUCCCUUCACUUUUCCGUUGGUGAUUUGUCUUUCUGCAUUCUAGAUUCAGAGCCCGAAUUUCCCCUAGCUGCAGGUCAGUUUCUAGGGAAUCCAAAGCCUCUUAGGUCACGGGAGAAAUAGUUGUUGGAAACCGAAGAUAGCCGACUGGCUGGGGUGUAUAUCCAAUCCACACGAAGUAUACAACCAGGAAGUUGGGUGUUUAAGGCUCUAGAAUGUG